GUGAAGUUUACACGGGCGCGUGCGGGAGUGGGGAGACGUCACGCCAUGAAUAAACAUAAAAUUAAAUAAAAUCUCCACAUAAGUGCGUUUCAGUCAAACGGAACAUAACGCAGCGGUUCUCUGUGAAGGAUUUCUUCAACGCAUGAUCAUUGAUGCCCAUGUAAUGAAUAGAAAUCAUAAACGCAGGAUAGAAACACAAGCUUUGAAUCAAGGCUUUGAAGAAACUGGAUCUCGGAGAGCUGCUGCUCAGUCUUUAGACUUUAGCGCCAAUUCUGGAGUUUUAAAAAUCAACUAGUCUCUGAGAAUUACUUUUAAGCAAUUUCUAAGCAACAAUACAAAAAUCAGAGGUCCUUGCUUUUAAAUUGACAUUUAAGGCUCAGAUUAAAGACUUUCAUCUUAACAUUUGCAAGAGAUGUUAAGACUGCCGUAGGUCCCUGUGUCACCCAAGAAAUAAUCAAAUUCAUCAUGCAUCUGGAGGUGAAGGUUGCAUUGAACUUCAUCGUGUCAUAUUUGUACAACAAGCUCCCGCGCCGCAGGGCUGAUCUGUUUGGUGAGGAGUUGGAGCGUAUCCUGGUGUCCCGUUUCGAAGGUCACUGGUACCCAGAGGCUCCUUUACGUGGCUCUGCCUUCCGGUGCCUCCAUCUGGGGGCUCCCAGGGACCCUGUUGUGGAGCUGGCAGCCAGAAGAAGUGGUCUGGACACCGACGAGGUCCGAGCUAACGUUCCCCCCGAGCUCAGUAUUUGGAUCGACCCUUAUGAAGUGGCCUACCAGAUAGGGGAAAAGAGUGCAAUUAAAGUCCUCUACAUGGAGGAUCCGGCAGGUUUAGGAUGCGAGGCCGAAAGAUCUGACAUCAUGCUCAAUGGAGACCUGGAGUACGAGGAAGUCAAGAAUCUGGGCUUUAACCCAGAGGCUCAGGUGUUCGUUCCCAUCGGAGGCCAGGUGUCGCCGGUCAUGCUACCGUCGCUCUCCAGUUCGCCGACUCCAAUUUCUACCUCAUCUUGCCCAGGGUUGUUCAGUUACGCCACUCCCAGCACUCCCACCAAUCCUAGCACUCAUUCCUCCAACACAUCCACCCCGUCUCCGCCAAGCGCCAGCCUCAUCUACCCCCCGUCCAGCUCCAGGCCAACACCUCAGCCAAUCACCUUCACUACAGCCAGCUUCGCCGCCACCAAAUUUGGCUCCACGAAAAUGAAGAAGUGCGGGAACCCUGGAGUUUCCUCUAGUCCUGGUGUUGUCGUCGUAGCUCCCCAGCAGAGGAUGAUCACCCGCUCUCCCAACUCCAUCUCGCCACCAGGGCUGGCCAACCACAAACCCCUUUCCCUAUCCAUGCACUCUUUGGCUGGACCAAUCCCAAGCCAACUGUCUCCUAAUGCCAAAGAGUUUGUGUUUCCGAUUUCCCAGAGGCCCCUCUACUUCGAUGCAGAAGUUGCCCCAAUCACCCCGUUCCAGGGUCCGCACCCACACGCUUCCUUCGACCCGUUCUCCAGCCCCCCACCAGGCCAGGCUGUGGGAAUCAUUGGGGCCAACAGUGGGAUGUCCUUCAUGGAUAAGCCUCCAUUUGUGGAAGGACUCGGAUACAACCUGCAGUACUCCGGCCAGGCCUUUCAACCCGUGGUGCUGGCUAACUAAAGUCUCAGAGCUGAAGAGAUCCCAAUGCUGAAAGACUUUCCUUUUCCCCCUCCUUCAUGGAUCAUUGUUCCUUACCACCAUGACAAAUCAAGAGUGUUAUGACUACUGACUGAGUAUUGCUUGUGAUUUGUUACUUUACCAAUCAUUUGUUUCUUGUUUGAUAUAUAUUUUUUUUAAUUAUUAUUAUUAGUUGGAGUAACCAGCCUCCUGUUACACAGGUGUUAUUGCUUUUGUUGUUUUUCCAGUAAUGAGUCACUUGAUUAUGGUGUCCCAAUUGUUUGUCUACAUAAUCUGAUGAUUUAUGCUUUGAUUUUGACUUUUAAAAUUGAUUGGGGGGGGGGAUUGAUUGGAUUCUAGAUGCUAAAAAGGGAUUUCUGGCAUGGUGUUCAUGUUCAGAAAUGAUUCUCUGGAGAUAUCAGCCAUGUUACCCGUGCGGUCGCACCUCAGUGGUCAUAAUUUAGGAUUUAUGGUAAUUUUAUGACUAGUUCUCUGAACCGAUGUGGGUCUUGUGUUCAUGACUUGCACAUUCUCUAUAUUGGUUUAACUUUAGGAUUCUCCUCUUCAGUUUGAAUGCAUUAAGCCAAAUCCUGAUGAAACCAGCAAGUGUUUGAACCCUUUUCUAGUGCCGUCAAGAGUCAGAUUGUGGAUUGAUGUCGUGCAUUUUCACAUUCUCUCAAGCCCGAAGCAGAAUGAUUGCAGGAUUGUUGUGCGGGUCUGGUUUCGCUCUUACACGUAGGUUCUCGGUUAGAAGAUUCUGGUUUAGGAGCAGAGGAGGUUUUGAUAAAACACUAAAUGACUUUGAAGGGGUGGGGCACAAGAUUAAAGGUCAUUGGUGCAGAGACCCUCAGAUUACUUUUCCAGCAUGUUGAAUUCAAUGCAUUGUUGAUUCCAGAGGUCAUAAAUCGUGGUUUGGGAGAGAUGCUCCCGUGAAAAUUGCACUUUGUUUUCUCAGUUCCAGGACUCUGAAUGUUACCUCGUAUUCCGACUGCAGUGGCUGUUUUGUUGAGUGUUUUAUUGUGCUGGGAUGGAGGCUUGCGUUCUAGAAUCUUGAAGGUUGGAGCCUUAUCACGGGUUCCGUUUAUGACAUCACUUCCCCCUCAGAGUUCCGUCCCAUCCUGCCGCGUUGCACUUUACGCAUCGGGCCUUUGGAAAGUCUCGUAAGGCCUCACAAUAAACUCUAUAUGCUAGAUGCUAAAGGUCCUUUUACUUGCCCUUUAAUGCCAAUUAUGUCUGAACUAUAGCUUGGUAAUGUAGUUAAAAGAUUGUAUUAAAAAGGAAGGGUUUUGGGUGAGACUGUAUGUACGUCCUGACCCUGUUGUGACGUCCCUCGCUGACGUUGAAAUGUGAACGUCAGCUUCGUGAAAAUUUCAAUCGUUCCAUUGAUUUCAUUUGGGGUGGGUGGGGUUUAGAUUUCUCUAUAAAUGCUAUGACUGGUUGUAUUUUUACAUUUGUUUGUAAUUUAUUUACAAUUUUUCUAUAUUUUUUCGUGUUUUUUCAAAAGAGUUCUCUAUGGCAUUUAUAAAGCAAAUUAAGAGAUAUAUACCAUGAUGACAUAAAUAUGUAUAUAUUUCUUAUGUUUGAGAUCUUUUGUUUAGUUUCUUACGUGCUGAAGUUAUUUUUUCAGAAAUAACUAUAUGAAUAUAAAUAUAUGCAAGAUGAAAUGACUAAUAAAAUGUUUAACAAAGUGCUGAACGUACUUUCUGUAGAAGUCAUUCAAACAAAGAUGUUUUUUGUUUGUCAUUUUUUCUCCUGGUUAUUGAAGGAUGUUGAAGCUCUUGAAAGGUUUGGUUUUUGUUGCGUUUUAACUUCAUGUAGUAGAUUAAUUGUUCCAUAGCAUGCCUAUAUACUUUAUAAACCCCAUACGUUCAGCUAGUGGUUCCUCCUUUGGACAGUGUAGGUUUUUCUUAUAUAACCAAUAUUAUUGACCCUUAAAUGUACACAAUACAAACCUUUUAUAAUUUUGCCAGUCUAUUCUAAUUGGGAAAACAAUUAUAAUAAAAAUGCAAUUUGAGAAUUUUCCGUGACAGAAAAUGUCAAUAAAAGUUUUCAGGUUUACAAAACAAAUCAAGCUCUUUUUUUAAAAAAUUAAUUAAUUUGAAUUGGCUUGCUACAGAGUUUGUUUUGAAAGAGUUUGUUAAUUUUUUACUUGUUAAAAUAAUCCAAGUUUAAUAUUUGACUAGCUUUCUGAUGAAUAUGCAUCUUUUCUCAGCAAGUCAUUGUUUGGUUUGACAUUAUAAGUACAGAACGAAAACAUUUUAACAUGAUGUUAUUAUGAUGACCUCCUGUUCUCAGGCUGUAUUCCUGACCAGCUGUUAGAACAACUGUCGAUAAAGCUCAGGGUCACCACCUCUAACCCCCAAUCAAGACAAGAACUGUUUACAAGGGGUCGUUGCAAUGUGGUUUUUCAAUACAGUUCAAAACUGUUUUUUUAAUUUUCUUUAUUCAAUUUUAAUUGGAAAUAUAGCCAGUUUAAUUGUCAUCCCCGUUUGCACUUUUUUUUCUUGGCUGUUUAAUUCUGAGUGUUUUCAUUGUUAGUGAUUGAUCAACACGUCUAGAAGUUUGUGUGUGGCAUAUUUUUCACCUUAUGUCUGUCUUUUCGAGGUCUGAAUCUUUAAAGGACAUUGCAAAUGGAAGGUGUUGUUUUCUUCCUCUUCAUUUAAAGCUCUAAAGUGUCUCACAUU